AUGGCGGCUUCUAUUCCUAUGCGCGCGCCAUAUACUGAAGCAAUUGCGCACGCGCACUAUCAGAAGACGCCGCAACUGGUGCUGCCAGCAGCCAUCGACCACCCAGUAAUAGAAGAAGACUUACUUUCCAUACCCAUCAAUCCUAAUAACUUCCCAGCAAAACUAUGGCGAUUGGUGAAUAAUCCAGAAAUUCAGUCUAUAAACUGGAAUCCCAGUGCUGAAGGAGUAAUAAUUAUUCAUCAGAAGCUAUUUGAAAGUGAACUUUUGUCACCAGUUAGGCUUUCAGUGGAAUCAUCAGAUGUCUUCAAGACCACUAACUUCACCAGUUUCAUUCGACAGAUGAAUCUGUAUGGGUUUCGAAAACUUCCUAUGAGCUCUGGAAUGGGGGACCAGAGAAUUGCAGAUGGGACAUUGCAUCAUUUCCUCCAUCCUAACUUCAAGAAAGGACACCCAGAGCUAUUAGUUAAUGUGAAGAGACUGACCGGUGUCAACAAAGCCAAACUAGAAGCAGGAAUUGAGGUAACAUGCAGGAAACCUAGCCAGAAGCGGAAGUUUCUUUCAUAUUCUACUGGAUCCUCAGAAAAAGGAAGGCUAGAAGACCAAGAUUCUGCAAAUCAUGACCAGACCCAUCAUGCUUUCUACAUGGAGAACUUGCAUUUCAUGAAAGGUCCUGAUCCUUCUCCAAUUUCACAGCAUAUGUGGCCAAACCAUAGUAGGAUGUACAUGAGGAAAAUAGACGGCUAUUCCCAACACCUAGACUGGAGCAUGCCUGUAUCAGUUUUUCAGGGUUUGCCACUGCAAGCCAGCUGUGCUGUGCAAUCCAAUUCAAGCCAACUUCAUGAUCAGCAGAGUCCUCAAAGAACAGGCGAUCUGGAACACAAUUUCAACUGGCACCUGACUCAUGUAAAACAGUAUCCAUCAUACAGCCUCCAAGGAACAUGCCACUGCUGCUCUUCUUCAUCUGUUGGCUCAAUACCAGGAUGUGCAGAACAGCAUUCUUCUAUUUUUCCUCACUACAACUAUUACCAGUUGCCAUGUCCAGUAGGUGGUCGGAAUUCCUUCAGUCCAAACUGGCAACACACCAGCCCAUGUUCCCCUGAAGAGAGCAGAAAGAUGGAUGUUAGUUUGGAAACAGUAUUUCAAAUAGCAGAUGAGUUGCAGGUAUCUCCAAAAGCAAGCAUGGUAAAAGUAGAAAUGGAUCCACUUCAAACCCCUACUCAAGAAGGCACUGCUGCAAAAGAGCACUUAGUAUCAGAUGUUAGCAGUCAUGUUGCUGAAAGUUCAUUGUCCCAGUUGGCUCCAAUAGAGCUUCACAACUUUACUCCAUUAAGUCUGGAAACCGUCCCGUUAUCUGCUACUCCUGAUUUUCAAACAGAGGGACUAAUCACUCCAGUUUCUACUGUUGAUGCACCCGAAGCUUCAGUUCAGCAACUGAAAACAGAACCAAGUACCAUUCAUCUAGAUUCAUGGGGAAGCUUAAAACCUUCUCAAUCUCAUGAGAUUCCCAAGCACAUUACCCACUCUUUGCCAGAAGAAAUAUCCGUAACAGCCAUGGAAAACAAAACUUCAGCUUAUGGCACCAAUACUCAACAUAAGCAACACAUACUACAGAGUCAAUCUCUGAAUCUUGUCCUUUUAGUGGAUGUUGCCUGCAAGCAGGAGCCCAGUGGGAACAAAGAUUGUCAGGUUCCUGUCAUCCAGUCACCAGCUAUGAAUAAAAAAUAA